UUAAUUAAGUUUUACCUCAAAACUAUAAAAGAAAAAAAUAGUUUUGUUAGUAAAAAUAAAUAUAUAAAAAUGAAAGCUCUAAUUCAACGAGUUAAUGGAGCUAAUGUAAAAGUUAAAGGAGAACUCAUCAGCUCUAUCGGCAAAGGAUUAUGUGUUCUUAUAGGCAUUUCUGCUGAUGAUACCGUUAGUGAUAUGAAAUAUCUGUGA